AUGGCUCUUAUGUUGUCCGUCGUUCUGGCAUGCGCCGGACUCGUUCUGGGCUCUGUCCAUCCUCCAGUAUACGGCCAUCACCCACAGGCCGCUUAUGGUCAUCAUGCACCUGCUUACGGUCACCAACAUGCUUACAACCACGGUUACUGCGACCCAACUGUUGCCCCAACAUGCGCUGCCAACUCCACUCUUUCCUACUGCUUAGAAGACGCUGAGUAUCCCAAGUACGAGAUCAAGGCUGCCAUCACUGCCGGUCAACUGUUCGCCAAAAAAUACACUGACGUCGCUGACCAGUCUGCUGAUGACUUGGUAGACAUGCUUUCCAAGGACCAGGAGGAGGCCUUCGACUACUCUUACUACACUGGGGCCUCCACUGGGGACUCUCCCUACGAUGCCACCCACUGGGCUGGUCCUGAGGGUUACAUCUGUCCCUCCGAAGUGGUGUAUGCCAUGCCAAAACAUGCACAGAAUGUGGACGGUAAGUGGCGCGUCAUUGUGAACGACGUUCACUAUUACAGCCAAACUGCCCGCUUGGAGACUUGUCUGUUCCCAGAGUCUGCUUGCCGCGCGCUUGCUCCUUGCUACCAGAGUCACUGCACCCAGAAGUCAGUGUAUCACCGACUCCUUUCCUACGAUCCAUGUGACCCCUACUUGGGCCUAUUCAUCGACAUCUACAAGAUGCCAUCUGCCUGCUCCUGCCACCUUCCCGCCUAA